UGCAGAGAAAGUUAGCCCACUGCAAUGUAAGCAUGCUAUCUUCUAAUAUAUAAUUGGAUUUUUACUGACCCAGAUUCAGACUCACUGCAUUGACUUGAAUGGCCUACUUAGAACAUAUCCUUCAGCUGAAUCAGACCAGCAUUCCUUCCUCUAUGAAGUGUGCCUUUCAAGUCGUGCGCUGCCUUUUUAUUGUAGCGGCAAGGAUGGCCAAACCUUUUGCACUGAUGGUCACAUACAGAAUAAUAAGGAGCCCGCUUCACUUUGUGUUUAUGAAACAUGGUAAAGCCAAUUCACUAUACUGGAGGUCAACAUGCUAAGCCGUUCAACAUAUUUCAAGAAAGAAAUGGGUCUAUUAUGUACUAUGGCUUUUAUUUCUCAUUCUGCCAUACGUGUUGAAUAUACAAAGGUUGGAAAGUUAUUUCUCAAAGGCCCACAGUCUCAAUAACAAUCAUGACUAACCACCAAAUCGCUACCAAAUGUAAAUAUCUAAGAAAUAGGUUAUUGGUAUGAUUGUGAUGUCGAAAUAAUUCGCAUUCAAAUAUUGUGUUAACGCUAAAAUUACUAUUAAAGAGCCUCUGAAUGAUUGGUCAUUAUGUUGCCGAUGGGUGUACAUAUGGUCUGACUAGCUCCUUGAAAUGUAUUGAAGGACUAACGUUUGGUUGGGACCUGCCAAUUGUGACUUCAGGUGGCAGCCCACAUACUGCACGUGGGCAGUUUGCAUCUCCUAAAAAUAGGCCCGACUAAAGCCUCUUAAGCUCAAACCACAUAAGUUGCUUUCCCUGAGUGCCAACAAAUCCUAGAGGAUAGUGGCACUUUUAAUGCCUGAAGGGUUGUGACAGGAGGGAUGCUUGCAGGUGCUCUCUGGGUGGUUUGAACAUGCAGGGUAGUGAAGUAGGCCCCCACGGUUUUUACAGGUGGGGCCUCCGGUAUGAGUGACCUGCUGGUGGAGGAGCUGGUGGCCAACACAGCGUACCUCAGGGCUCAGUGGAAGGACAGCGAUGAGCUGCGAAAGGAGAGAACCUCCCAGACUCUGCCCCUGCCGAGGAGCUCCUCAGUUCUGCAGGAAGCGGAAGGAAAGCAGUACGAGUCGCUUUGUGAGCAGCAGCCCAUUGGCAGGAAGUUAUUCCGGCAGUUUCUCCUCAGCUGUAACCCGCAGUACGCCGCAGCCGUCGAGUUCCUGGAGGAGCUGGGAGGAUGGCGCUUUGCCGAACAAGACACCGAAGCAAAGGCCAGACGGAACCACCUCAUUAAAUUCUGUCGGCCCGAGUCCAGGAGUUUUCUGUCUUUUCUUAAGGGAGACGCUGUGGAAGCAUGCAAUCGCUUAUCAAACAACAUUGUUAAUGAGACCACACUGAGCAAGAUGAGAGAAGCCACAAGAGACUUCCUGCGUGGAAAACCUUUCUCGGAAUACCUGAGGAGCCCAUUCUUUUACAGGUUUCUGCAGUGGAAGGAGUAUGAGAGACAGAAGAUUAGUGAUAAAUACUUUCAUGAGUUUCGGACAUUGGGGAAAGGUGGUUUUGGUGAGGUGUGUGCAGUGCAGGUGAAGAUGACAGGACAGAUGUACGCCUGCAAGAAGCUGGAUAAGCGAUGCUUGAAGAAGAAAGGCGGUGAGAGGUUGGCCCUUCAGGAGAAGAAGAUCCUGGAGAAGGUUAACAGUCUUUUCAUUGUGAACUUGGCCUACGCCUACGAUAACGACACCCACUUGUGCCUGGUCAUGGACCUGAUGAAUGGAGGAGACAUCAAGUUCCACAUCUACGAGCUCGGAGAGCGCGGUAUCCGCAUGGACCGUGUGGUUUACUACGCGGCCCAGAUGACCAUGGGCAUCCUUCACCUGCACUCGAUGAACAUUGUCUAUCGCGAUUUGAAGCCAGAAAACGUGCUGCUGGAUGCUUACGGCCAUUGUAGACUGUCAGACCUCGGACUGGCCGUCGAGCUGCCGAAUGGGAAAAUGAUCUGCCAAAAAGCUGGUACAACUGGUUACAUGGCCCCCGAGAUCCUGAUGCAGCAGUACUACAGCACAUCCGUGGACUGGUGGGCACUGGGCUGCACCAUCUACGAGAUGGUGGCUGCUCGCCUGCCCUUCCGAGACUUCCGCGAAAAGGUGCAGAAGAGUGAGGUGACCCGCCGCACCAUGGAAGACCUGUGCAAGUUUCAACACAAGAGAUUUGACCCGGCUACCAAGGACAUCAUCUGUUGCCUCCUUAAGAAAAAAGCAGCACAUCGCCUUGGGUGCCAAGGUGAUGACCCACGAAAACACCCAUUUUUCAAGAACAUGAAUUUCCAUCACCUGGAGGCGUGGAGGUUGGAGCCCCCCUGGGUGCCAAAACCCAACGUGGUGUAUGCCAAAGACACAGACUACUUCGACGACACGUCAGAGGUUGGAGACAUUGAACUGAAUGCCACGGAUGAGACCUUCUUCAAAGAGUUCAGCACGGGCGCCGUGCCAGUCUCGUGGCAGAAGGAGAUGAUUGACAGCGGGUUGUUCGAUGAGCUCAACAGGCCUGAAAGGAACGGCCGUGAUCAAGUGAUGGCAUGGAAAUCAAAGACGUGCGUCAUCUUGUGAGCAUCCCAUCUAAUCCUCAAUCAGGAUAAGCUACACUUCUCCUGAAUACUUGAAAUGAUGCUGCUGGUCUUAAAUAGGAUCCGUACACAAUAAGUACCUCUAAUAACAUUCAAAUUACAAUCAUCCUCAUUUGAUUGAAAGAGUUUGAUAGCAACUUCAAUGUUGCUUUUCUCUUUAAAUCAUUAUUGUGCCAGUCCCUACAGUUAAAUGCUUUUUUUUCCCUCUCUCAGCAUGUUAAAAUGUGUCUUUUUUUUUUCGAGACACAUGAAAACCUUGUUGGAAACAUGCUGUGUGUACUUUUCUGCAGCUAACUGCGGUUUACUGCUGCAGUAACUGCACAUUCAUACAGGUUGGUUUACAGCAGAGUUCCGAAUUUCAAGUGGAAACAUGGCGUAGUCUGUCACCAACCCAUGCUAAUGCAGUAGUAAAGUCACAAUUACACUUCUAGGACUUAACUAUGACAUAAAUGAAAAUUAUGUAGGCUUAACUCAGUACAAUGGGAACUGACCGUGCCUUCUUGUGCAGUGUGUCAACGUAUUGAACAAUCUAAACAUUGCACUGUUUCCAUUAUAUCACUUUCUUGAUUUUAUUUACUGUGUUGCUUAACAAGUUACUUGAUAGCCUAAUUCUGUAUGCCUGUAUAAUCGCGAUGAAGGUUUUCUUUACUGUAAACUAGCACGCGUGGGGUGUAGUAACAGAAUUAAACCACCAGAUGCCGCCAGACACCCGUGAAAGUCAUUCCUCAUAUAAUUUCAAGUUAUAAACGCUGACCUUUUCUGCUUUAAUUAGUGAUAGGUGUACUGUAAAAGGAGGAAAAAACAUGCCAAAUGAUUCCAUCUCCUUAUUGUUCUCCAGCUCCAUCCACACAACAACCCUACGACAGAUAAUAAACAGGUUAAGGUCAGCAAUGUAUUGGCACUUUAAAUCCUAAAUGUGUAUUCCUUUCCUUUUAUCUAAUACCAUGUUGAUGCCUUGUUUUGAUAUAAAUACUGUGCUUAUGUGUGUGUGUGUACAGUAUGUUCAAAUAACACACAUUGCUUUUGCAUGUGCAGUCCUCUGGUAUGAAAACAUGUCUUAAAGGACGUCUGCCUAUUUAACGUAAUAUUACAUUUUAAUGUUACCAGGGUGUGAUGUUUUACUUGUAACGUUGCUGCGUGCGCAUGCUCAUCUCAUAAAGAUAAACAUGGAAAGUGGCUGACCAAAUGCACGAUGGCAGGUCUGUGAAGGCGUCGGAGGUCGGAAAACAUCGUUGGGUCGAGACCGAGAGGUCACUGACUGCGGGGAAAGUGAGAGCCAGGCAUGCAGGAGGGACGUUCAGUUGAGGGAAAUGUUUCUGUUUUCACCACAACGGAGAAAGUAGGGCCAGCGGAGGUCAAGGUUAACCUACAAGAAUGAAAACUCAAAUUAAGACUUGGAAGGAAGUCAUAUGAACGUUGUUGUGGUAGAAGGGUGACUCCCACCUCUGCACAGGAAGUGUUUAUUUUUGGUUAACGUUCAAUUUGCUCUGCUUCAUCGCUUGAAUUCCUCACGUUUCCACAAAUAAGUGAAUUCCGGCUGGGCACUGUGUGUGUGUUUGUGCGAGUGUGUGCGCCUAGCUCUCACACACACAUCACUUUGGGGCCAUUUCUCAGACUUGCCGUCAUUUCCGGGACACUUUCCGUAAACCAUAUUUUUCAAGGAGAAAGCGCUUUGUGGUGAAAAGUGAUUCCUCUUUUUACUCAUAAGGCUUGUAAAGUAACUAUGGCGACAGUGUUCUUUUAGAAUUGGGAAAGUGCAACAUUUUUUUUUUUUUAACACAGAUGACUUUUUUUUUUUUGUCUCCACCUGAAUGGAAUUGAUAUGAUACACAAAUGCUGAUUAGAGUAUUUCUCAAUAGCUAAAACACAAAGCUCUGUUGUUUGAACCAAAUGCUCAGUGACCAGAAUCCACUUGUUGAUUGGUCAACAUUUUGGUAGAACCUUAAGCACUUUUCACCUAGUUAGACACAACCUGAAAACAUAUUUUAACCCACUAAAACACGUUUUGCACUCUGAUGCCCGUGUGUUGCAUAAUGGUAAGCACAGGUAGCAAAAGUGAAACUCAAAUUAAAUAGAUUUUUAAUUUAAUUUCAAUUAAUUGAUCACACUUGAUCACGGAGAAAGAUUCAGAGGAAAACAGCUAUUUGCUUUUUUUCAUUUGGUACAUGUUUACAGUAUGACUACACAGUGCUGUACACAGAAAAGUGUUUCAAUACAUCAAUUUUCCAUUAUAGGCCUAGUAGCUUUAGAGUUAUCAAUCUAGCUAUCUAUUACGUACUAAACAGGAUUUUUGUUUUAUUUUGCAAAAUGCAUUCCUAUUGUGAACAAUCAAGUUUAUUCCUACAGCUUCACGUGUAUUGAAAAAAAUAAAAACAAAGUCAAAUUGGCAAUCAAUGAACUUGAAGUAUUUCAAUUGGCACCCUUUCCCAACACAUCUAACCUCUGCUUUCUGCUCACCUGUCACCCGAAAUAAAGUUCUCCCCCACAAGUUGAAAAAACCCCAAGGAAACAGCUCUAAGUUCAAGAAGUCACAGCAUCCUGAAACCUGAGUCAGCUGGAGCCGUUUAAAGCUGCCUGAUGUUCCUUUUUGCCCUGCGCUGGAGGCUGAUUGGAGAUCAGUACUUCAAACGCGGGGAGAAGGUACAGCGAUCGGGGCUAACGCAGCAGGGAAGCACUUUUACAAUCCUUCUUCUGUGGUGCAUAUGUUCAUGUACUUUGAUUACAGUACAAACGUGUGUGUGUGUGUAUGUUUGUGUGUGUCUCCGGAGAAGUGCUCUUAAAGCAAUCGAUUCACUGGAUGACAAUAAGGCAAAAACCGAAAUACAAGCUUCAGGCUGGUAUUUCGGUUUCUUGGAGUGUCUCAACUUUGAUUGAAUUAGCUGGUGCUUUUCGCAUUCUUUGUUAGUGAUUCAAGAGUGACAGUCUGGAGCUUGUCCAAGUACUCUCUUAUUAGUGUGCGCUCUCCUUGCCACUUCCAAUCUGUCAAUAUGUCACCGUAUUCACUUACAGCAUGUCCAUCCAUCCAUUUUCUAUGGUCCUUCAGUCCUCAAUACGGUCUCGGGUAAACUGGAGACUAUCCCGGCUGGCUUGAGGUCGAGGUUAGUGGUUUAACCCCUGAACCGGGGUACAACUCUUCACUUCAAAUGUUGUGUUGAGAUACAAGCAGAUUGAAC